AUGGCGGUGAAGACGGACAUGAACAAAGCUUAUGACCGGCUUGAGUGGGGAUUCCUUCUACGGGUUUUGAAAGCGAAUGGCUUCAACAGCAAAGUCUGUACUCUACUGAUGGAGUGUGUCACGACGGUUAGAUAUUCUAUUUUGCUCAAUGGUGCACCUUUGGCUCCCUUAAAUCCCAAACGGGGCCUCCGCCAAGGAGAUCCUCUUUCACCAUUCCUGUUCAUACUCUGCAGUGAAGUUUUAUCGAAACUUAUUCGCCGAGCUGAAAAGAACGGUGAUUUGAUAGGGGUUCGUGUUGCUAGGAACACUAUCCCGAUUACUCAUCUGUUUUAUGCUAAUGACCCCAUUUUCUUUUGUAGUGCUAAUGCAAAAAACGCGGACGCUUUACUAAAAUUCCUCCAUAAGUAUGAAAGAUGGUCGGGGCAACGUGUUAGCAAUGCUAAGAGUGGAGUAGUGUUCUCUCCAAACACUAAGAAAUCAUGCAGAGAAGAAAUCAAAGGGAUCUUGGGCUUUAAUCACUUAAAUCCGAAGGAGAAAUACCUUGAGAGUCCUUUCUUUUUCUCGGCUAAGAAAAGGAAUGAUUUUCUGUUCUUGAAAGACAAAAUCCUGGGUAAGUUGGAAGGCUGGAAGGCGAAAUAUCUUUCACAAGCGGGUAGGACUACUUUGGUCAGUUCGGUACUCCAAAGCAUCCCCAACUACUUUAUGUCAACGGUGAAAGUUCCUAGUACUCUGUGUGAGGAGCUGGAUAGGGUGAUUGCAAAGUUUUGGUCGAGUGGCUGUGUGGAUAAAAAGAAUUACUGUGCUCUAAGAAGCUGCAAUGAGUUAUGUCAACCAAAGAGAUGCGGAGGUCUUGGAUUCCGAAGACUUAAGGACAUGAAUUUGGCCUUAUUGGCUAAACUUUGUUGGAUGGUAAUGGAGGAGAAGGACAAGCCAUGGGUGAAACUACUCAGAGGAAAGUAUUGCAAACACAAUGAUGUGUGGGCUUCUGCUUCUGGUAAAUUUUCUGUAAAGAGUGCCUAUUGGCUAAGCCAGAAAAAUCGCUUCAAAGAGCCCCAUAAGCUCUGUGAGAAACUUUGGAAGAUAGAGUUGCACCCUAGACUAAAACACUUCUGCUGGAGAUUGUUCAGUGACAUUCUUCCCACCAAAAACAAACUUGGUUUUCUCCAGUCUGAGCUAAAAAUGUGCGAAUUCUAUCAUGCUGAUCUGGAAACCGCCCUGCAUUUGUUUUGUCAAUGUACUGGUACUCGGGCUCUCUGGUUCAGGGCUGGUGUGAUGGCUGCUGUGCUGUGUGAGUCAAUUUGGCAGUGGCGAAAUGACUGUAUCUUUAAAGGGCAAGAUAGUUGUAAGGUUGAUGCCUCCAUUCGUGAUGAUGAAGUGGGUUGUGCUCUGAUUAAGGUCAAUGAGAAUGAUGUUGGGAAUUCUCUGGUUUCCCUUAGCUGGACAAAGGUCAAGGGAGUGUUGGAGGGCGAAUUACUGAGUAUUGCCUUGGCCCUUCGGUUGGCAAAGGAGAAUCAUGCUUCAGCAGUUAGAAUCGAGACUGAUUCCUUGACUGCAGCCACAGCCUUUAACAAUGCACAAUUACAUUAUGGCUGGGAGACCUUUGCUCUGUUUUCUCAUUGUUUGAACUUAUGUAAGUCUUUUGAUGAGGUUUCUGCAUGUUAUGUAAAAAGAGAGAACAAUGUGUUGGCUGAUAUGCUUGCUCGUUGGGCGAGAGUGCAUAAGGCCGAGGCCACUGGCCUCUUAAGGGAUGUAGCCCCCUCAUGUGGCUACUAG